GUCCCGGGUCCCGGCAGCGUUCUAGGGCCCUGGGGGAUGCGAGGUCACGUGGCCGCGACUGAUGUCCGUGGAAGGCUCGGCUCUUCUUCGUUACCACCCCGCUCGCCCGCCUCCCAGGACACCCCGAACCCUGGAGCAGAGACGGGAACCGGGCUCCGGCUGCAGCCCGGCAGCGACGGCGGGGAUCCGACGGCAACCCGCCAAGCGCUCCCCAGGCGGGAGGAAUAGCCAGAGCGAAGGGGAGGGAGGCAGAGUGGCCCCCGGGUCCUCAGAGCCUGAUGCGGGGCCUCUUGGCUCAACCUAGCGCUGAGCUCCCCCAGAAAAACCAUCCUGCCAGAGGAGGGUGGCAGACUCGGGGCCACUUCCUGCGGCUGUCCCUUCGCAACCCUCUCCUAGUGCAAAGCUGCCCAAAUACGGGGUUUUGAACCCUUCCAAGGGGUUCAGAUGAUCGGUGGGCUGGGGUUUUUAUUCUCUGCUGCUGGUUGGUUUCCCUUUGCCUGAGGUAUGUUAGACCAUGUGCUGAGGUUCCACGCAAAGCUGGUGAGGCCGCAGCAUCCCAGUUUUGAGCUCACAACAUCCAGUGCACCCCCAAAUGCAAGAAAGGCGAGAUGGAGAGUGGCUGCACCCAAGGCUUGUGUUCUGUGCCCCUGUCCAGCCUUGUACAAAUAUUAGCGUCCCCUAAUGGCUGUUGUCAUCUCAGGGCUUCUAUUUUGACAGCCUUCACCUCACACUGGUCUCUGUUGACUGAGUUUAUAACAGAACUGAGACUUGUCUCAUUGCUGCUUGGCUUCUUAGCAGCAGUUUCUGCUUGACUCGCAUCCCCCUUGCCCUGCUCCUUUCUGAGGGAAACCCCACCUUGGGAUAGAUUGGAACAAAUGGCAGUCCUGGGAAAACCAGAAUUGCCAUUGGCUCUGAUUCAGCUCUAAAGCAAGGGGAAGGCAGUGGGACAAUAGGAAGUGUACAUAAACUCUCAAGAAAGUUUGAGAGAAGGUGAGAGUGGAACACAAAAUGUGCACCCCAUAGAUAAUUAUGUUCUGGUUUCACCUCCUAGAUCGCCAACUCUCCUCCACCCCUCUGGAGAUUCUCCUGUUCCUGAAUGGCUGGUAUUACGCAACAUAUUUUCUGCUGGAGAUUUUCAUAUUUGUCUAUAAAGGACUCCUGUUGCCCUACCCCUCUGCCAAUUUGGCUUUGGACCUGAUAAUGCUUUUUCUCUAUCUUGGGAUUGAAGUAACCCGGAUAUUUUUUGGCUCAAAAGGGAACCUCUGUCAACGGAAAGUGCCACUUGCUAUCAGUCUGGCUUUAACCUUCCCAGCAGCGGUGAUGGCAGCCUACUAUCUGCUGCUGCAGACUUAUGCUCUGCGGCUGGAGGCCAUCCUUAAUGCUAUCCUCCUCCUCUUCUAUGCUGUGGAGCUGUUACUGGGUGUUCUCACUCUGGCUGCCUUCUCCAGUUUGGACUCUUACUGAGAACCUUUGUGGGCUGCAAUGUAUGGAACCAUGUGCUCUUCAGAUUGGAGAGAGGCUGCAUGAACCCUCCAUUUCUGUGGCCGGGACAGGAUGAGGUGUGGGUCCAAUUCCCCCAGUAAGCUGAAAGAAGGCGUCUCAGCUUCUCAUUUCAAGCUCAUUCAGGUAGAGCACCAUUAGCAGGGUCUACAGUGUCUGGAAAGAGUUUUCAUGAGAUGACAGACCCACACACCCUAACUAAGCUUGCAAUCCUCCUGGAGGGCGCCAAUUGAUCCAUUCCAACUUUGUACCUUGGGUAAUUGACUCUCACAAGUCAAAAGACUAUGGGCCAGUGAAUGCCACCUAAUAAUCAGACUUUGCCUGCAGCUGGUGUGUCCUUUGAAUUCCCCAGCGUGGUACAUUCUAACAACUCAAGACUCUAGCAUGUGUGCAGUGACUCAGGAUGCAGUCUUGCUCAUCCUCCCUAACUGUUGUGUUACCUCCUGUGCCCUCUUCCUGAAUGGGGGUAGGGAUAAAGGCAGCAGGCCUUGUGCCCCUUCCCCCCAAAUCAGUGUUGUUAUUGGUGUGUAUUGAGUUUGUGAUACUUGGUUUUCUACUGCAUCCUUGGAAUAAAU